CCGUUGGCCCAGGCGCUAGCAUUUCUUCUGCCACCGUGACUAAGAUGGAAGCGUUUUUGGAGUCGCGGUCAAGACUUUGGGCCGGGGGUCCGGCCCCGGGGCAGUUUUACCACAUCCCGCCUACUCCUGGUGCCUCCAUGGAGCUGGCGUCCUCGCCCUACGGGGGUCCGAUUACGCGCACGCAGAACCCCAUGGUGACCGGGACCUCGGUCUUGGGCGUUAAGUUUGAGGGUGGAGUGGUGAUUGCCGCAGACAUGCUGGGCUCCUACGGCUCCUUGGCUCGUUUCCGCAACAUCUCUCGCAUUAUGAGAGUCAACGACAGCACCAUGCUGGGUGCUUCCGGAGACUAUGCAGAUUUCCAGUAUUUGAAGCAAGUUCUCGGCCAGAUGGUGAUUGAUGAGGAGCUGUUGGGAGAUGGACACAGCUAUAGUCCUAGAGCUAUUCAUUCAUGGCUGACCAGGGCCAUGUACAGCCGCCGCUCCAAGAUGAACCCGCUGUGGAACACCAUGGUCAUUGGAGGCUAUGCUGAUGGAGAGAGCUUCCUCGGCUAUGUGGACAUGCUUGGUGUAGCUUAUGAAGCCCCUUCACUGGCCACUGGUUAUGGUGCAUACUUGGCUCAGCCUCUGCUGCGAGAAGUUCUGGAAAAGCAGCCAGUCCUGAGCCAGAGUGAGGCCCGAGAGCUAGUGGAACGCUGCAUGCGAGUGCUGUAUUAUCGAGAUGCCCGUUCUUAUAACCGGUUUCAAAUUGCCACGGUCACCGAAAAAGGUGUUGAAAUCGAGGGACCACUGUCUGCAGAGACUAACUGGGAAAUUGCUCACAUGAUCAGGUCACAAUCUUCUCUAAGCAUUAAAAGAAAUAAGGAAAGCCACAGGGUAAGCAGGAUUUCAACAAGUGGUCUGUCUUGUUUUUAAAGUUCAACACUUAACUUCUUGCACAAUUAGCUCCUGGCUGUAGGACAUGUGAUCUCUUGAACAGGCAUACUGUCCACUUAACAUGAUGAAGACCCAUACACUGGGAAUGGCUUCCACCCUAACACUGUAAUCACCUCAGUACCUCUUGCUUGCUAAUGACACAUGUAUGAUCCUUUGUCCAGAGUGAUGGGUGUGAGCAUGGGAAAAGGGGCUAAGAUUCCAAGUGCAAAGAAUAAUGGUUUUGCCAUGUUUUUGUUGGAGGGAGGGUGGUGAGGAAAAACAAAUCUAAUUCAUCAUCUGGAUGAGAGGUGGUUUCAUGCAUUUUUAAAGCCAAAAUUUUAUAUCUCAGAGUUGCUGUAGAAACCAACAUCUCUGGAGAGGGAAGGAAACAAAGGAGAAGGAAGAGAGAGUUCGGUGGGAUUUUUUUUUUCCAUUUUCAUUUUUAUAUAAAAGUGUUAAGACCACAAUGAAAAAAGUUUUUUUUUUAUCCAUAUAUAUAAUAAACCAGUUUGUGAGCUACAUAUUUUUGUCUUUCCCAUCUUCAGAAAUGUUCUCACAUUGACAAUGGUUGGAUAGCAUCAUGCCCAAAGACAUUGCCACACAGUAAAACAAACAAAAAACCCAAAUGUACUAUGAUACAGUUGAGGUAAAAGGGGAA